AUGGCAACUGAGAGUCCAAUCAGGAUAUCUGAAGCCGGGGGGAAAUGGCCGUCUCUUAAGGAAGCUGUGACAUUUGGUUCACAAUCUCGUCAUAUGGCAACAGAGGAUCUGGGUAUGUUUUUGAGUGGCCAGAGGUUCCACCAUGGCAUUGGAAAAGAUGUGGUACCCAACCGAAGUGGCAGUGCACCUCCAAGCAUGGAAGGCUCAUUUCUUGCCAUAGAAAACUUAUUAUCCCAGAACACCACCAGAAAUGCAAGCCUGGGAUCUCUGAACAGAGCUGUACAAAAAUAUAAUAGUGGUAAAGGAUCCUUUCAUUUGUCCCGAGAAACACUUGCAACACACAAGGAGGAGGCUGAGGCUGAGGAUGAUUCAACUCAACAGCUGUUUGAUAAUGAGGUAGAUAAGGCUAGAGGAAAAUGGCAUAGACAGGAUGUGGCUUCAACAUCAUCUCAGCACAAAAUAUUAUUACUGGAGGAUCCCCCGCAUACCAUGUCACCUGUAUAUAAUAAGUCUUUUGGAUUGGUGGAUGAACUAAUUGAUGUAGAUACUGGUUCAAAUUCUUCUCAUGACCCUCCUGUCACUACAGUGGAAGCAAUAAAACCUACCAUAGGUGCAGAUGAUGUAAGGAUGCCAUCAUUUGUUGAUUCCCCUGCCCCUGUCACAAGCUCAUCAUCUCUCAUUUCCACUGGAAGCAUGGGUAAUGAUUUAGAUGUUACAAUUGUAGAAUCUCAACUAAGGGCCCUCAGUGUAUCUAAUCUACCAAAUUCAGAAAGCCAGAGUUAUGAAGAUAAAUGGAAGAAUAGGGUACAGAAUAAUUUGAUGCAACAAAACCAACAAAACUAUCUAUGUGAAGUUCCUAGCACCAAUUCUCAAAGUGAAAAAUGUGCAUACAUUGGUAUGGAGCAGUCUCUUCACAAUCCAAACUCCUCUGAUGUCCAACCUGUACUGCAAUCAUCUGGGUAUACUCCUCCGCUAUAUGCUUCAGCAGCAGCUUAUAUGACCUCAACAAAUCCAUUUUAUACUAAUUUUCAGGCUUCAGGUAUAUAUUCUCCGCCAUAUGUAGGUGCAUACCCUUUUAGUCCCCAAGCUGUUCCUCCAUAUAUUGCCGCAUAUCCUCCUCAUGGUUCUGUACAGCUUGUUGAUGGGGCUACUGGUUCUAGUUUUACUCCCCAAGCAGCAGGGGUUUCUUCUACUGGUGGAAACAUUUCACAUGGAGCUGAAAUGAUACAUGCAAACAAGUUUUUUGGACAAUUUGGAUUUCCUCUGCAGCCAUCUUUUGGUGAGCCUAUUUACAUGCAAUAUCAUCAGCAACCUUUUGUGGAGGGAUACUGUGUAUCUGGUCAUCUGCUGACACCUAGAGCCAGUGUUGGAAGCCAAAUAGGUCCUUUAGAUUCCCAAACAAGGCCCAAUAGUGGUUCUUACUUGGAUGAAAAAAAAUUAUAUAAUCAGAGAAGUGGUGCUCAUUUGAAUUCUAAUAGAGGUGGGCUAAUGCAUCCUGGUUAUUUUGGACACCCUUCAAAUAUGGGUUUUGUAACCCAGUAUCCAAGUUCCCCAUUGUCUAGACCAGUCUUAUCAGGCUACCCAGAGAGUAAUCCUGGUGUUCCAGGUGGAAAGAAUGAAAUGAAAUCCUCUCCAGCUUCUGGUAGAAAUGUAGGUUUAUCAUCUGGAUGGGAAGGUUAUAGAGCCUUUGACAGUGCUCAUGACCCAAAAAUUGCUAUUUUUCUUGAAGAAUUAAAAUCUGGAAAAAGUCGCAGAUUUGAGCUGUCUGAUAUUAUUGGACACAUAGUUGAAUUUAGGCAAUUUAUUGUGGUUUUUAACUCCAGUACUGAUCAACAUGGGAGCCGUUUUAUACAGCAGAAGUUGGAAAACUGUGGUGUUGAAGAGAAGGAGUUAGUGUUCAAAGAGGUUCUUCCACAUACUUCUAAACUAAUGACUGAUGUAUUUGGCAACUACGUGAUCCAAAAGGUGUGUUUGAAGUAA